CUGGAACUCUAACCUCCACCUCUAACUACAUCCACACAUUUCAUUCCCUCUCUGUUUUAUUCCUGCUGCUCUCCCUGGUUUUGACGGAAGACAGUCUGUGAUCCAAGAAACUGACUGAGCUGCGGGUCUGGCCAAGCUCACAUCCUGAGGGGAGUUGGUGAGUGUCGAUGAGAAGGGGUUGAUGGUGAAGCGUGUCUGCAGCUGGGACCCAGAGCCAUGAGGCCCAGCCGUGUUAUCCUCACCCUGUCCCUUGUUGUCCUGUCUUUGGACACAGCCCUGGGCUGCUUCUGUGAAAAGUAUCCGUGGACGUCUUGGACAACCUGCUCUCGGACCUGCGGAGGGGGCCACACCCAUCGCCAGAGGGUCUUCACCCGUGAUGAAUAUUUCCGUAAGUUUAAUUGUGAAGCCCUCUGCACUCCCAGUGUGCAGGAGCAUGAGUGUAACACCCAUGGGUGCAGCACCCCGUGUCAGAUCGGAGACUGGUCCAGCUGGUCACCCUGUGACCCCUGUGUGAAGAAACAGUUUCGUUACAGGGCCCUGCUGAAGCCGGCUGAGUUUGGAGGGAGAUGUGAGGAAACGGAGAUGGACAGCGCGAGGCCGUGUUUACCUGACAGACUGUGUGGCAUCGAGCAGAAGGACUGUGUCAAUAAAUUCCGCUGUGACAACGGGCGCUGUAUCGCUCGGAAGUUGAGAUGUAAUGGUGAACAUGAUUGUGGAGAUGGCUCGGAUGAGGAGGGCUGUCCAAGGAGAGACCCACCCUGUCCCCGGCUAAUCGAGGACCUUCCUGGAGCCCAGCUGAUGGGCAGCGGGUACAAUGCACUGGCUGGGGAGCGGGGAGCUGAAGUCCUGAACAACACCUACUAUGAUGGGCAGUGCAUCACUGUCAGGAACCCCAUCAACCAGAAGCUGUACCGAAUGGCCAGCAACCUGGAGAACGUCACCUUACAGGUGAUAAAUCUGGAAGAUGAUGUCACCGAUGAGUUCUACCCGGAUGCCGCAGCGUACGAGUCGCGUGUUUCCAAAUCCUCGAAUCACUACAGCGAACAGCACAGCUCCUUCAACAUCCCCGUCCUGUUUGGGCGACACAAAUCCCGGAGAGCCACCCGCAAGAGCAGCUUCAAUGAAGUGAUCGAGGCUUCGAGGCAGAAGGACUCUGCGUUUGUGCGGGUUCACAAGACCAUCGCUAUCUCUGAAUUCCGGAUGAAGGAGACGGAGCUUCACGCGUCAGAGACCUUCCUGGAUGCUGUGAGCAGCCUGCCCCUUGAGUAUAACUACCCGUUGUACAGCCGCAUCUUCCAGGAUUUCGGAACACACUACUUCGCCAGGGGCAAAACGGGCGGCAUUUACGAUGUCAUCUACCAGUACGACAGGACCUCCAUCAAGAGCUCAGGCCUAACACAAGCUGAGAUGCGUGAGUGCAUCAAAACAGAGACAAAGAUACGCGUGCUAUUUAUCAAAAUCAAGAAAACCAGGACGAGGUGCACACACAACAGCAUGGCCCUGAACGCAAAAGGUUCAAUUCUGGAAGCGGCAGAGAAAUCAGUUUCCAUGGCGAGGGGAGGCCGUGUUGAGUUUGCUGCAGCGUUGGCCUGGCAGAAAGGGAAAGUCUUCCCCACUAAGGAGUACAACAGCUGGCUGGAGUCUGUCCAGGAUAUUCCCACGGUGGUGGACUUCACGCUCCGCUCCAUCCUCGGCCUUGUGAGGGGAAUUCCCUGUGCAGUGACAAAGCGGAGACACCUGGAGCGGGCCAUGAUGGACUAUACGAAGACCUUUGACCCUUGCCGGUGCUCCCCGUGUUCCAAUAACGGUAAAGCCGUGCUGUUGGACAACAGCUGCCAGUGUGUCUGCAAGGCUGGGACCUACGGGGACAACUGUGAGCUACGGACCCCUGACUACCACUCAGCUGUGCAGGAUGGCUCUUGGAGUUGCUGGUCAGCAUGGACGGACUGCAAUGCGUCCUUUCGCAGGAGACGAUCCCGAGUUUGCAAUAAUCCUGCCCCCCGGUUCGGGGGCAAGUCAUGUGAGGGGGCAGGCCAGGAGGAGCAGCACUGUGUCAUCUCGCUGUUCGGUGACAGGAGCACUCUGUGCAUUAAUGACGACGAGGUGAGAAGGGAGAUCACUGAUCCGCUGCAUCCUGGUCCCACCGACGGCAGUGUCUACUGUCCCAAACCAGAGGCGCCCGAGAAUGGCUUCCUGAGGGUCUCCAAACCUCAUUACAAGUUGGCCGAAAUGCUGGAGAUAAUCUGUUUCUCUGGUUAUGAGGCACGCGGAUACCCGUUCUACCGCUGCCUCCCGGAUGGAACGUGGCAGAAAGAGGAGAUGCACUGUCGGCGGACUGUCUGCACGCGGCCUGCUGUCUCCAGCCCUGCCACCCUGCAUCCAUUCAAGACUGAGUACAGCAUUGGAGAGAGCGUCCGGGUCCGCUGCCCUCCUGGGAUGAGAGCAGCUGCUCACCCUCAGUAUGAAUGUGGCGCCAGCCUCGCCUGGGAACCUGACCUGCCCCAGGAAAUUCUCUGCCGGUCUGAUAUCGACAGCUCACACUGUGACCCAGGACAGAAGGCGGAUGGAGACCAGUGCAUCUGCAAGUCAGCAGAUCAGGAUUGUGGUACGGCUCCACCUGCAGAGAUCUGUGCGUAUGAUGUCGCAGCUGAGAGAGUGCUCAGUACUUCGCGCUGUGCCUAUUUGGCGAUGAGAUGUGAAAACCAGAACCUGCAGCUGGUGAAGCAGGGGCCGUGCGAAGACUCUGUCCUGCUUUGGGCAGUAGAGAGAGCCCAGCUCUCAGUCUCCAGCUCCAAGAGGCAGCCCUGUCAUUUUAUUGACACAUGCUAUGACUGGGAGAGGUGUGCAGGGUCAAAGUGUGUCUGUCUCCUGCCCAAUCAGUGUCCUACAGGAGAUGCGAAGGAUUAUUGCGUGAUCGUAGUUUCUGGACAGAUGAAUGUCAGCCUUUGCAUGCUGGGAGCGAUGAAAUGCAAGAAGAUCAACUUUCAGAUGUGCCCAUCACCCUGAGGAAAAUAACCAGGACUCUGUGCAUUGAGAAUCUCUUCAUUGUGCAUUCGGUUCAUCGCACAUUGUGAGGUAGCGCACAGUUCACAGCAUAGAAACCAGAGACGGUUUCAAUUCGUUCACUUUCACUGUCAAUGACAAAAUAUAUUGCAAAUAUCUCCUCCUGUCUUGCUGAUGCUGCAUGUCUUUAACUCCACUAUCUGUAUGACGUAGAGUUUGUACAUUCCAAUAAAACACAGGCUGAGAUUCUCCAUCAGCUCAAUAGUUCACAA